UGUCACCUGUCACUUUGUGAGUGUGAUUGCCACUUAACCUCACACACACAAAUUUAAAUCCGUUAAAAUGCCGUGAAUUGUUAUUCAUUUUACUUCCGUGUUUAAAACAACAUCAAAAUGACAAACAAACUAAACCGCUACGAAAAAAUCGAAUUCCUCGGCGAGGGUCAGUUUGCCACCGUCUACAAAGCCCGAGACGUCGAAAACGACAACAUCGUCGCCGUCAAGAAAAUCAAAAUGGGCAGCCGCCAAGAAGCACAAGACGGCAUCAACCGAACAGCCCUCCGAGAAAUCAAACUACUGCAAGAACUCCACCACAGAAACGUCAUCGGUCUUUUGGACGUCUUCGGACACAUGUCCAACGUGUCUCUAGUUUUCGACUUCAUGGACACCGAUUUGGAGGUUAUAAUCAAAGACAACACGAUCAUUCUAACCACGGCAAACAUUAAAUCGUACAUGAUCCAAACUCUGCAAGGUCUGGACUAUUUACACAGAAACUGGGUGUUGCACCGCGAUUUAAAACCCAACAAUCUUCUGGUUAACUCUAGUGGAGUGCUCAAAGUGGGUGAUUUUGGUUUGGCCAAGCUUUAUGGGUCCCCGAAUCGGAUUAAUACCCAUCAGGUGGUGACGCGGUGGUACCGAUCACCGGAACUCCUGUUUGGGGCUAAAUUGUACAGUACUGGAGUGGAUAUGUGGGCUGUCGGGUGUAUUUUAGCCGAAUUGUUGUUACGUGUCCCGCUUUUCCCCGGAGAGUCGGAUUUAGACCAACUGACGAAGAUUUUUGGCGUUUUUGGUAACCCGACGGAGGAGAAUUGGCCUGGGUUGAAAAGUCUGACUGACUAUAUUGAAUUUAAACCGUUUACGCCGAUUCCGUUGAAAAACAUUUUUACUGCCGCUGGCGACGACCUGCUUGAUGUUAUAGGAAGUCUUUUAGUACUAAAUCCAUUGAAACGAAUGGAGUGUGCCGAGUGUUUAAGUAUGCCGUUUUUUAGCAACAAACCGGCGCCUACUGUGGGCUCAAAAUUACCGCUGCCACAGAAUAUUAGAAAAACUGAAACCGAACGACCCACGUUGAAGAGGAAGCUGCUCGACGCCGCCGACGGAGGGUCUUUAUCAAAACGCUUAUUUUUUUAAAUUUAUAGGGAACUUUGUACAUACAAUUGAACUCGAUUUUGGUUAUUUCUCGCAACAAAAAACAUUUUUUGUGUUAAAUAGGGUAAUAAAAUAAUUUGAAAGUCGUAAAAA